AUGUCUAAGAACUCAGAGUUCAUCAAUCUGUCAUUUUUAUUAGACCAUGAGAAGGAAAUGAUCCUGGGAGUCCUAAAGAGAGAUGAAUAUUUGAAAAAAGUGGAAGAAAAGAGAAUAAGGAAGCUGAAAAAUGAACUUUUAGAGGCAAAAUGUAGAAGUGGGAAGACUCAACAAGAGAGCAGUAGAGUCUGUGUUCACUGUCAGAAAAGCCUUGGCUUCAUCUUUGACCGGGGAUAUCCAUGCCAAGUCUGCUUCCUCAAGGUGUGCAGUGAAUGUCGAGAUGGGCCCGAUGGCAACUGGAAGUGCACUGUCUGUGCCAAAGUCGCGCAGCUAAAGUUUAUAAGUGGAGAAUGGUUUUAUGAAGAAAAGGCAAAGCGUUUCAAGCAAGUCAAUGUUCUGGGCACUGAUGUUGUCCGACAGUCCAUCUUAAGAAGAAGCCCAGGAUCUGAAGAAAUACAAAGCCAAGAGCAAGCCCACCAAGAUGUAGACAAGUCAGACACUUCAUCGUCAAUCAGACAGAAGGCCACUCAUGAUGGAUCCAAGAGGAAGGGAUUUCUUCUGAGCAAGUUCAGAUCAGCAACCAGAGGAGAAAUCAGAACUCCAAAACCUGAAAGUGGGAGGAGCUAUAGCUUGGACUUAGACAGUCAUACACUUCAGAGUUUCAAGUCAGCCUCUGGAUCAGACAGGAGAAGUACUGCUUCACCAGAUCUCAUUGACCAGGAGGCAGGACGAGGAACACUGACAAAUAGCUACAGCAACGGUGGAACCCCAGCCACCCAGAGGUCACCAGCCCCAAGUGUUCGUAGUGUGACCUCCAUCAGCAGUAGAGACCGUGUUGUUGAAAAGUCCAUGGCUGUGGUUGCCAAGGAAAGCCCCUCUGAGGAGCUGACAAAGAGUCACCGCAGAAACACAUCUGGGCCACCUUCCAUCGCCGUGUCGGGUGCCUCCCUUUCUUCAGACCGAAGUCAAUCUGAGUUAGAUUUCAGUGAGUCAUUUACAGAAGACGUAGAGGAUACUUCAAGCAUAAGAAGCAGAUCUGUCCCUGGGACAUUAGACAAAGACUUGAACUCCUUAGAAGAUGCUGAAAAUGAUGCCAAUGACUUAGUGUCCUCUGGGUUUUCUGCAAGUCCCCACAGUCUGGCAACAGGCCUUUCAAUGAACUCCCAAGCAGGAUCUGAUAGGAAGAGGAGCUACCUAAAUGUGCCUGAUGCUGAUUCAGACACCACCAGCCUUAACAGCAUGAUGAGUGUUUACAGUGAGACAGGAGACUACGGCAAUGUGAAGGUAACCGGGGAAAUUCUCCUCCACAUCAGCUACUGCUACAAAACUGGCAACCUCUACAUUUUUGUCAAGAAUUGCAGAAACCUGGCCAUAGGUGAUGAAAAGAGACAGAGGACAGAUGCUUAUGUCAAGUCAUACCUUCUUCCAGACAAGUCCCGAAACAAUAAGCGCAAGACCAAAAUCAGAACAGGCACCAAUCCAGAAUUUAACGAAACACUUAAGUAUACCAUCAGCCACACCCAGCUGGAAACAAGAACUCUGCAGCUCUCAGUCUGGCACUACGAUCGCUUUGGGCACAACAGUUUUCUUGGAGAGGUGGAGAUAGCUUUUGACUUAUGGAACUUUGAAAACCCAUGUGAUGAGUGGUUUGUGCUUCAGCCCAAGGUGGAGUUGGCUCCUGAUAUUGGCCUUCAAUACAAAGGAGAGCUAACGGUUGUCUUUCGAUACAUUCCUCCAGAGGAGAGCCCUAUAUUCCAAGUAGAACAACCUCAAGGAAAGAAGAUCUUUAAAAAGGGAAAGAAGAAAGAGUCAUCUGUCAUCUCUGGGGGAAUACUUGAAGUGUUCAUCAAAGAGGCAAAGAAUCUGACAGCAGCCAAAUCGGGAGGCACUUCUGAUAGCUUCGUGAAGGGCUACCUGCUUCCUGAUGAUAACAAAGCCACCAAGCACAAAACGGCGGUUGUCAAAAAGAGUAUUAACCCUCAAUGGAAUCAUACAUUCAUAUUCAGCGGCCUGUAUCCUCAGGAUAUAAAGAAUGUUUGCCUAGAACUCACCAUCUGGGACAAGGAAGCCUUUUCCAGCAACAUCUUUCUAGGAGGUGUUCGUUUAAAUUCUGGAAGCGGUGUCAGUCAUGGGAAGAAUGUGUACUGGAUGGACUCUCGAGGAGAGGAACAACGCCUUUGGCAAAGGAUGAUUGACAGCCCUGGGGUAUCUGUAGAGGGCAUUCUCAUGCUGCGAUCCAGCAUGGCAAAAUGGAGGCUCUGAAGGGAUCAGUUCUCCAAGAACUACAUCUCUGGUUGCCUACUGUUUUCUCUAAGCAAACACUGGGCCCUUGAAUUAUGUUGCCCUGUUAUUUCUCACCUCUUAGGACAUGAGAGGAGAUAUGUCAGUGUUGUGAACAUCUAGGAUCUUGCUGAUUGUC